UCCCUUUCAAAGACAAAUUUACCUCUGGGAAGUAAGAAAGCUAAAAGAUCAAGGUAUAACAUCAUAUUAACGGAUGUUACAGAUCUAUAUCUUGACCUUGUUCAGUUCGUUGAGGAACGACAGAUUGAAGCGCAAGAUGUUCUUGUUCGAUUCAUUGAGGAACGACAAUUCGAAAUAUUUUAUAAUCUUUUUGGCUUGUUGAAGAACGAUCAGUCAAUGUUAUCCUAUCGAUAUAAAUUUGCGUCUUGA